AAUUCAAACCCUCUUCUUCCUUCCGACGAUCGCGAUUCUGACCGCUCUUCACCCGCGCUGCCGCUCCGGUCUCUCUUUCAGUGAUACCACCAGCGUCGCUGCAAUUCCCCCGCUGUAGAUUGCUCCUCUGCUGCAAGUUGCUGCUAUGAAUCUCCGACUUAGGGUUUAACUCAACAUUGAGACAGAGAGAUGUUACGCACCAUGAUUACAUUCAUGUUUAGUAUUUGGUCCUUUUUCUUUGCUUAGCCUCAGAGAACGCACCAUCUUCAUUUUUUUUAUGGUCUGUACCUUGUAGGUUACGUAGGGAAGAUAUGUUGGUUUAAACCAGGUUGUGCUGUUUGAAGGCAAAGUUGUUGUGGAAAUGGAGAGCAAGUACUGAUUAGGGAGGGAUGUCUACAGACUCUGACAAUUAUUUGAGUUCUUCAGAAUGCUAUCCUUCUACAAUUCAUCAGUUGGUAUUAAUGUUUGUACAAUGAUGACUGUUCUGGCCAUUUACAUAUUCUUGUAUGGAAGGACUUACCUGCUCGACCUUUAUCUGUUGAUUGAGAGUUGUUUGAGAAGGCAACACUAAGCAACUUCAACCUGAUGAGUACAGUUCAGGGACUUGCACGCCAUCCCGUUUGGGAAUGUUUGGAGUGGAUAGAUUUGAGGUCAUUCUUCCCCUGACUAAGUGAAUACCAACGAUGGUUCCCUAAUAUGGCGGGAGAGCUUCAUUUUCCAUGUAGAGGCUUAGUCUGGACAAAGAGACAAGAAGCUUGUUGAAGCCACUGCAAAUCAGGGUAUCUUUGCAAUGCUGCAAAUAAAUGGUGUUUCUGUAAGGCUGCAAGUUAAUGAAGGAAGUUGAUAUGUUGCUUUAUCCUUUGAACAAGUUUGGCCAACAAGCAGGGAUAUUCCCAGAAGCAUAUGUGAACCUUACAAUGAAGUGCAGGGUGUUUAAUCUAGAACUUCAUUGUGUGGAAAAGCCUGUUCCUGAUUACGUCCAGGCAACAGUAUCCACAGUGCUUCUGAUUCAUGAUCAG